GCACUCACUCGUCAGGGAGAACCCACACAGUGCCAAAGGUCCUGAGUUAAGUGUUCGUCAGAUCAGCCUUCGAGAGCGAAGGAAAGGAAGUCACAGAAGCGGUCAUCUCAUCCUUCAAGAUAGCGCGUCGUAACAGCCAGAAGAUGUUCGGAAGGCUGAGGUCGACCUCGGACGCCCCCCCCGUGACCAUGUCUUCUUCCUAUUCGAAGAAGGAGGAAGCGAGUAGGAAGGUGUCCACAAACUCAGUCACUGCCUCGUGUCAUUCGUCAUCGUCAUCGUCAUCUUCCACCUCCUCCUCCUCCUCCUCCACCAAACACCACCACCACCACCACCACCACAGUCAUCCUCAACAGCAAGCAAUGGAUGACUUGCUGUCUUGCCCCGUGUGCUUGGAGGAGUAUCAGGUGGACAGCUCUGGCACCCGAGAGCCACUUUUCCUGCAGUGCCAUCACAGUAUCUGCCGCGUGUGUCUUCCGAGGCUUGUGAAGUCGUAUUCAGGACAACAGAGCAGGUUUUCCAGUAAAGAUAGUGCUGAAGUGCCAUGCCCCGAGUGCCGCAUGGUGACUGUCGUGCCCCCUGGUGGCCUCACGCAGAACUUUUAUCUUGUGAGUCUGAUUGAAACGCGUAAGAAGAAGGCAAAGGAGCAAGAGAGUCGUCUGCGAAUGUGGUGUCGAGAGUGUGACAGCGUGGCUCUCGAGACUUGUUCCAACCACCAGGUCGUUUAUCUGGCUGCAAUCUUGGCUAAUACUGUCGAGUCGUAUUGUAACAACAGGAAACAGUUAACGACUGUCUUGCAGAACCGGGCCGAGAAAAAGGGCACGGAGGCGCAGGAGGUACAGGAGGCGGUGGAGCAGCUGGACCGAGCCGCGGCGGCCCUAAGGAGGCGCUUGGUGGCGAGGCUGGACCAGGCGACGCUCGCCCAGGCCACGGCUAAUUCCCUUCUGCAGGAGAUUGAUAAGAUGCACCGUCGGGUUCAGUCUCAUGGGAAACUCAUUGAACCUUUAUCAGCCAAGACGUCCUUAGAGGGAGGGGACCACGAAGGAGGCGGCGUAGGAGGUCCUGAAGGAGUGGCCGAGAGAAAGCUCUCUCCGUCAGGAAAGGGAGACUCUCCAGACGUGGCGGGGGUCCUCCUGAGCAGCAACCUGAGAGAGACUCGUCUAGACCUGAGAGAACCCAACAAGGAAGACAUCGAUCUCAUCUCCCUCGACCCGCAGACGUCCCCCUCGAGACAGGCUCCUCCCGUGCCAGCUCGGGCCUUCGAGACCAACUUCCAGCCGUCCUCCGCGACUUCUUCUCCUCCUUCCUCCUCCUCCUCGAGCACCCGCACCUCCCCCGUCCUCACUCGCACGCUGAGCAGCACCUACGACCACCUCAGCUGCCGGGAACAAGAGUCGAGAAUCCUGCUGCUGAAGGAAUGCCUGACCUCGUUCGACAAGAUGACUCUGAAGCAGGAGGAACCGUCGAGGGGCGAGAAGUCAGGGAAGGGAAAAGGACAAGGGGAGUCCCUAUCGAAGGAGGCGCUGCUGGAGAUGUUUAGGAGAGCGAUCGAGGUCUUGGAUGAUGGAUGUUAGGAUCAUGAGAGUUGAAUUUGUCAAGACUGUAGCCAUGUUUAAUGGUUUAUAUUACUUUAUUAUUUGGUGCUAAAACUGAGUGUUUUUUUUCAUCUUGGUAAAAAUCAUAUCAGUUUUAUUUAUCAAUUUUGUCUCAGAGGAACAAAUGGUAUGUUGAGAUAUGAUUAUAAUCCACACUAUCUAUUCACUAUUAUCCUUAAUUCUCUAAAGCUCACUCUCAUCAUCAGUGACUUCCUCUUCCUCGAAAUAACCAUCAAAAUGCCAUCUCUCCUUCCUUCUUACUAUCAUUUGUACUUAUCACUAUCAAGCUGAUUGCCAAUCGCAUCAAUUAAUUCUGCGCUGAUCCUUAAUACCUAUUUCACUAUCUCUUCCCAUUCUCCUUUCACAAUAUCGUUUCUCUUUAUCAUUCACCAUCAUUUUUACUAAUUACCAUCACUAUCAUUUUGUACUUAUCAUCAUCACCAUUAUUUGUAUUAAUUACCAUCA